CUGAGCUCUGAGACAUCACAGAGAUCAAGUUCAUGAAGAGAAGAAGACACGAGAAGUAAGGGAUGUGUUGACAUUAAGAAGACAUUGACCAGAACGGGCCACGACUAAAACCCAGGAGGACACUGUAUUGUACUAUUUGGCAGUGUGAAGUGAGAUAAUCAGACAUCAUGGACUGUGGGUAAAGCAGAGACACACCCCGGGAUUGUCUCACUCCAAGAUACCCCACACCGGGUCUUUCUAUUAUUUAUAACAUUUUCUAUCAUCAUAGAAAAACUAAACCUUCUUCUCCUCUGAUGUAUCCACCACUACACUCCAAUUCCUCCCUUCCCCUUGUGUUCUCCUCCUCUCCUCCAACUUCUUCCUUCUACUCCACUCCACCAUCAUCUAAUCCUUCUGCAUCUACCCCACUUCUUCCAUCCCUCUCCAUGGCUAUUGGGGCAUUAUCGAAUGCCCUAGGCCUUUGGAUCCUGGCACGAGCCUACUCUCACUCCCGAAGACUACGACGAUCAAGGGCACAGUUUCUACUCUUGGCAUCAGGGCUCCUUUUGACAGACCUGGCGGGACAUCUUAUAACUGGAUCCUUUGUCCUGUGGCUAUAUUCUAAUGGAGUCUUACCAGUGGUUGGAUGUCAGUUUCUUGGGGGUUGCAUGGUAUUUUUUGGACUUUCACCAUUACUUCUUGGGCUUCUUAUGGCACUUGAGCGUUGCAUUGGCCUUACAAAACCACUGUGGCAUUCUGCUGUUGUUACCCAAACCCGAGCUCGGAUUGGCCUAGGUGUAGCUUGGGCUGUAGCUCUUCUGAUGUCUACUCUACCGCUCCUUGGUUAUGGUACAUAUGGGCUUCAACCUUCAGGAACCUGGUGUUUUCUACAGGGGCCUCCAGGAUUUUGCCUGCUGUUCUCUGGGCUUGGUCUUGGAUCAUUGGUGGCAGCAUUGGUGUGUAAUUUAAUAGUUGGAGUUACGUUACUUCGGGCUCGACUCUUACGAGCCUCAGGGGAGGAUCGCAGAAGAAGGCGUCAAGGUGCCCAUUCCCAUGACCUGGAAAUGAUGGUUCAACUGUUGGCAAUUACCAUUGUUUCUUGUGUUUGCUGGAGUCCACUACUGGUCUCUGUGGUGAUGCUGCAGACUGGCGCACCUCUCCCUCGGCCCAACUGGUUGCUGUUCACGGUACGCUUAGCUUCAUGCAAUCAGAUCUUGGAUCCUUGGAUCUACAUUCUCCUCCGGCGGGCGGUUCUGCGACGUCUCUGCUGCAUUUUUGUGAGAGUUUCACACGUGCGCGGUGAGAAGCCCAUUCGUUGGGAUCCAAGGGACUUUCAAAGCUCGGGCCGCAGUGAAAUCAGCCAAUUAUAG